AUGGGCGCGAUGGACGUGCUGAAGAAGUGGGAUUUCUACAAGAAGAUCCCCGAGGAUCUGACCGUGAGCACGCUACCGGGCGUGAGUCUGUCCAUUCUCGGCUGCUUCAUCAUGUUCGUCCUCUUCAUUCUCGAGUUCAACAGCUACUUGACGGUCGACUACAAGUACGACAUUGUCAUGGACGAAGGACUGGACCAGACGAUGCGCAUCAACUUCAACAUCACGGUCCCGGACUUGCCCUGCGAGUUUGCGACCGUGGACGUGUCGGACAUGACGGGUACACGCAAGCACAACAUGACGUCGAACAUCUUCAAGAUCCGUCUGGACCAGAAGGGCCGAGGCGUCGGACUGGCACGGGAGAAGCAGAUUAUGCCGCGGUUCGCAGAAGAUGAGGAGUACGGCGACUUGCCCGAGUCGGAUGCGACGGUGACGGAGUUGACUGACGAGACGUUUGAGCCGUUUCUGAAGGAGCAUCACUUCGUCGCAGUCGACUUCUAUGCGCCGUGGUGUGUCUGGUGCAAGCGGCUCGAGCCCGUGUGGACGCGCGUGGCCAAGACGCUGCCGUCGCUGCACUACGGACAGCAGCUGCGGGUUGCAUCGGUGGAUUGCCAGGCGCACCCAGAGCUCUGCAUGAAGCACUAUAUCCGUGCGUACCCGAGUAUUUUGUUCUACAAGGAUGGAGAUACGUCGCCUGUCGAAAUGUACUUUGGUGACCGGACAGUCGAAGCCUUUGUGGACAAGUUCAAGCAGCUCAUGGCUGGCGAAGUGGAUGGUGUGGAAGCUCUCAAGAAGAAGUUCCAUGAGCAAGACAAGAAAGCUGCGCACGAGCAAGGCAGAGCGAUUGCUCGCUCAGCGAUUGGUCCCGAAGGAUGCCGUCUGUACGGUCGCUUGUACGUCAAGCGCGUGCCCGGCAACUUCCACGUGCACUUAUCGAAUCCGGCCUACUCGAUGGAUUCGUCGUUGGUGAAUGCGUCGCACACGGUGGGGGGGCUGUGGUUCGGCGAGGAGCUGUCUCCUCGCGACAUGGCCAAGUUGCCGCACAUGGCGCAGACGCAGCUGUACAUGCACCGCCUGGACAACCAGGAGUUCACGUCGUUCAACAAGAACCACACGUACGUGCACUACAUUAAGGUGGUCACGAACGCGUACGUGCAGAGCGACAGUUCGUCGAUUAACGUGUACAAGUACACGGCGCACUCGAACGAGUACGUGGAGACGGAGGAUUUGCCGUCCAUCAUGUUUCGCUACGACCUCUCGCCCAUGUCGGUGCGUAUCUCGGAGGACACUGUGCCGUUCUACCACUUUCUCACCUCGGCGUGCGCUAUCAUUGGUGGUGUGUUUACCGUCAUUGGGAUCGUGGACCAACUCAUCCACCAGACGUCGCGCGCGCUGAACAAGAAGGUGCUGUAA